UAUGUAUUAAACUAAUAUAGGGUAAUUCUACUUUCGGUUUAGCCAGACUUGUUAAGUAUCUUGAUAUUAUUUUACACAUUUAUAGAAAUUUAAUUUAUAAAUAUGACAUAUUAUAUAUACUCAUUUUUAGUUAUUUGUCUCAGUUUAGGGAUAAUAUUUUAUACACAAAAAAUGGAGACGUUACAACAUGAUUCUGCUCAUGUACAUGCCAUUCAAACAGAAACCGCCACCACUCUACUAUCUCUUAAAAAAGAAAUUGACGCUUUCCGCGCGGCGCUGAAUGACGAACAGAAAAAGAAAGACUCUCUGAACGGUGUAAUAGAUAAACUGCGGGCCGAGCUUAUCGAGGAAAGAAACAAGCGAAAACAUUUUGAAGAAACAAUCGCAAGUCAACAAACUGAACUUGAAAUAGUAAAGGUAGCGAUAACAUCUCAAGAACAUGGUCUAAAAGCUAUUGGACCACGCAUUGCAUUCUUUUUCUCCAAUAAUUGUUGGUAUCGCACCGUGGGCGACUAUUAUAUUUUCGAACGUUGAAACAAACGAAGGUGGGGCAUACAACAACGCUACUGGAGAAUUUGUUGCCCCCAAAGCUGGUUUGUAUGUCUUCUUCAGCACGAUCCUGGCUGGUCCGGGACUUAUUAUUGAAACAGUGCUACAGGUCAAUGGCAACAACAAAAUGCUAAUAUACUCUGGCGGAUCCGCGCGAGGGUCUGGUAGCAAUAUGGCAGUACUCCCUCUCAAAGUUGGCGAUGUUGUUAAAAUGGUUAAACACGGACCUUGGGGUUCAAAACCGUUUACAAUACAUCACCACUGGAGCACAUUUUCUGGAUUUUUAUUGAAAGCAGACGAAAUAUGCAAAUGAGA